AAUAUGAACCUCUAGAUCAUGGGAAUGUUGCCGAAGUGAACCAGUUCGCGACGCGAGUGUCUUUUGUUGUUAUCGUCGUGCCAAUUGAUAAAUGCAUGUUUAGUUAAGAACUUUAUGUUUAAUUUAUUUGUAAUAAUGAGCGACACAUCUCCCGAUAAGGCAGUGGCGGAAGCAGCCAGCUCGAAGCGGCAGGACUACCUGCAUUGGGACGACUACUUCAUGGCCACGUCCCUGCUCUCGGCUAAGCGCAGCAAAGACCCUGUCACCCAGGUGGGCGCCUGCAUUGUGGACCAGCAGAAACGCAUCGUUGCCAUUGGCUACAACGGAUUCCCGCGCAACUGCAGCGAUGAUGAGUUCCCCUGGUCAAAGUGCACCGAUUCCCUGGAGGACAAGAAGCUGUAUGUGGUCCAUGCCGAGGCCAACGCUAUACUCAACAGCAAUGGGGCCAGUCUGGUUGAUACGACCCUCUACACCACGCUCUUCCCGUGCAACGAGUGCACCAAGCUGAUAAUACAAUCGGGCAUCAAGCAAGUGUUCUACAUGUCGGACAAGUAUGCCCAUAAGAAAAAGUACCGCGCAUCCAGGCGCAUGCUCAACGCCGUUGGCGUGGUCUGUACCCGUCACGUGCCAGCCAAGAAGCAGAUAGUCAUUGACUUUGACGCCUUCCUCCAGGACGACGAAUGAAACGCUCAUUCUAAUGACAAGACUAUGAUUAUGCGAAUUGCAUUUAAAUUGUUGAUGUAUAAUUUGUUAUAAGUAAUUGGCCUUCUUUUAAUUAGUGUGAAUUUUUACAAUAAAACUUUAGUCAAAUGUU